CACCAACAGCUGAUCUGCAGCUCACGCGCACCCCUGCUGCCAUCCGCAGCUCGUGCAGCUCAGCUGCGCCUGGAUCUCGUCUCGAGAUCUUCUCGCGAGAAGUCCGUCGCGUCCUCGUCCUCGGCAGAAGGAGCAGAAGUGAACUGAAGUGUUGAGAUGUCACAGAGAGCGGCCGGGACUUCGUCACUCAUGGCCCUUCAUUCAGAUUCACAUCAGCAAAGCAUCCUGAGCAAAUUCGACAAGCUCAGGAAAAAGGACCUGCUGUGCGACAUCACUCUGGUCGUAGAAGACGUGCACUUCAAGGCGCACAAAGCCCUGCUGGCUGCAAGCAGCGAGUACUUCUCCGUCAUGUUCACGGCGGAGGAUCGGAUCGGUCGGCCUACCUACCGGCUGGACGGCGUGGCAGCUGAGACGUUCGCAACGGUGCUGGAGUUCAUCUACAGCGCUGAGGUGUCUGUGGAGGAGAGCGCCACAGAGCAGCUCCUGGCCACGGCUCGUCUCAUGGAGGUGAACGACCUCGUGAAGGUGCUGAGCGGACUCGCACGCUCUGCUGUCAGAGGUGAGGAGGUGAAGGCGGAUGUAGCCGAGGCACCCGAUCCGUCCAAGCGCAAAAGAGGUCGACCAAAGAAAAACCUGCACGUGCCCGUGACAGUUUUAGAGGAGAGGAGCUCGGAGGAGAUGCAGGCUGGAGAAGAUGCGGAGUCACGACCUAAAGACGAUGCGGAUUAUCACCCAGGAGCUCUCCAGAGCCGGCAGAGCAAACGCAAAAUCAAACCGCCUGUAAAAUACAAGAGCUACAAGGUGGACGGCGACACGGGAGGAAGCAAAGAGCCCGGGAAGAGAGGCAGGAAAAGGAAAUACCCCAAAACUGAAGCCCGGUGCGACGACUGUGGGAAAGUGUUCAAAAACCACCUGUUCUUAAAGAUCCACCAGAGGACUCACACAGGAGAGAAGCCUUUCCGGUGUCCGGUUUGCGCGAAGGGUUUCACGCAGAAGCACACUCUGCUGACUCACCAGCGUAUGCACACCGGAGAAAAGCCGUUCGUUUGUACCGUCUGCUCCAAAGCGCUCUCCACCAAACACUCCCUGCAGGAGCACAUGAACAUCCACGGAGAAGGGAAGCAGUUCAGCUGUGAGAAAUGUGGAAAGAACUUCACUCAGAAGAGGCAACUUAAGAGCCACUACAGAGUUCACACAGGGAAAUCGUUACCGGAAUGCGCUCACUGUCAUCACAAGUUUCUGGACACGGCUCAGCUGAAGAAGCACCUGAGAACUCACACAGGUGAGAAGCCUUUCACCUGUGAGAUCUGUGGGAAGUGUUUUACAGCCAAGAGCACGCUGCAGACUCAUAUCAGAAUUCACAAAGGCGAGAAGCCGUAUGACUGCAGCAUCUGCAACAAAUCCUUCUCAGACCCGAGCGCGAGGCGGCGACACGUCACCUCUCACUCGGGGAAGAAACCGUUCACCUGCUCCCUCUGCAACCUCUCCUUCACCCGCAUGGACAAUCUGAAGACGCACACCAAGUCCCACAACAAGGAACGAGCUGCAGCGACAGAAGCCUCGGUAUCGGACACGGCGGUACCGGACGCCGCGGCACCGCCGGAGGAGGUGCGCAACAUCCUCCAGCUGCAGCAGUACCAGUUGCCCUCCAGCUCCGAGCAGGAGAUCCAGCUGGUGGUGACGGGAGACGUGGACAACAUCAACUUCGUGCCGGCUCAGGAUCAGGAGAUCAGCAUCAUCACCACAGAGGGAGGGGCGACGGAAUCGGCCCACUCCAGACUCGCCCUCCUCACGCAGUCGUCGGGAAACAUGCAGAACGUCGCACUGGUGACUCAGGCCGGGGUCGUGGACCAGAGCCCCCAGAUUCAGACUAUCAGUAUGCUAGAGAGCCAGAUGACGCACCAGCCUGAGCAGAUGCACGUUAUCACUCUGAGCAAAGAGGCGAUGGAGCACCUACAGGCCCAUCACGGCCCGCCGCAGCCCCUCCAGAUAGCACCACGACCCGUCCAGCAGCUGCAGGUGAUGCACCAGCCGAUCCAGCAGCUGGCCGUCACUCAGGAGAGCUCGCAGGGUCCGGUGAGCAGGGAGCAGCACAGCCAGGCCAUCCACAUCAGCAGCCAGAGCAGCCAGCCCAUCUCCAUCAGCCAGACCAGCGAGCAGAUCUCCAGCCACCACAUCCAGGGACAGACGUUCCAGAUCCAGGCUGGAACUGUCUCCUACCUGUACACCACCGGGCUGCCUCAGGAGAGCUGAGUGUGGAUGAUGCUGCUACAUUUUUAAAGGAAUUUUAGUUUUACAAAACUUUUCCGACAUUAUAACUCUGAAACAUGCCAGCAUGACAACACACGGUUAAAGUCAACGAUCUGAGAUUUAAGAGUCACAUGAAGUUCUAAGAAAACGAGCACUCAGAAUCAGACUUGACUUGAUUUUUUAUGAGGCCAGUAAUGAUAUUUGAGAGCUACAAAGGUCAUAUAAUAUUAUAUUGGCUAGUAUUCAGUUAUAGACAAACACAUUGCAUCCAGAUAUUUAAAAUUAUUUUUAUUUUUUUAAAGAAUCGUGACCAAGUUAUGAACCGAGCAGCAUUUUACUCCUGAAAAACUUGACACCUGACACUGUGCACGAUGUAUCUGCAAUAAAAUAAUAUCUGCCUAGGAUAUUCUAAUACAUUCAGUGUUAGAAUAUAUUGUUCAGUAUCUUAAUGGUGACAUAUUUGAUCAAGAUAUUGAGUAAUCAGUCACAUUUUGCAUUAAAAAAAAAAAGGGUGUUUGACAGCAAACUGCAUGUCUUGGAUGAUAAAACGAGGUGACUGGAUGCAGGAAUUCAUCUAAAGCCAUAAUAAUAUUUAUAAAAAUUAAGGAAAAUGUGAAUAUUUCUUGAUUUCUUGAUCAAAUUCACAUCAUUUUAUUACAACAUGUUGAUAGAAAUUCAUUACUGGUCGUGUGGUGGUGCUGAAAUAUGAAUUAAAGCUGCAUUGUGUUUUAAAAAUGAGACAUGUAUCGUACUGCAGUAUCCUGAACAUGUUUUAGAGAGAGCUGCAGAAGACGCAGUAAACCUGGAGCUCGAACAGUCGGCGCAGAAAGCACGGGGCGCUCUGCAUGUCAAACAGCAGCCGACUUGUUAAACAAAAAGUCGGUGUUGCUUUACAGAAUACCCAGGAGGGGGGAUGACGCUCACAGGUCUGGAAACGUCGUCUCAGCAGUCAGGACACGCAGGCGAGCCGCAUCCUGAAAGAACAACGGAAGGCUGAUUUGAAUGUUGAUUGUGUUUUUAUCCAAGGACAGUGUGACGGACGUCUGGCUGCGUUAGUGCUUCACAUGUAUCUGAUGAAACACAGGCAGGCUUAAUGUGAAGAGGCAGUGCCCGCAGCUUCAGCAUCUCUCUUCAGUUGAGCUUUAAAGUUCAUCCUUGAUCUUUCGAUCAUACCUUAAGUGACCCAAAGUCUGUAAGUCCACCUACAGCUCACCAGUUUCCACAUUAUUUCUAAAUCUGUCUUUUUAACCUGUACAAAAAAACAAACCAGUUUUUCUUGGGCCUGAUCAGUUGCCAGGCAACCAAUGGAGACCAGUGGGCAGCAAAUUGUUCAUUUUACACUUUAUUUAUUGUACAGCUCAAACAAAUAAGAUAUAAUGUGUCAAUCAGCGAGCUUUAGACCUGCUUGUUACUUUAUGGACCAACCAAAGCUGAUUCCAGUCUGCCACUGGCUGUAGAUUCAUAUUUUACAGACAGAUACGAGGCAGAUAGCAAUUUACUCUCCAUCAGAAAGCAAAUUUCCCAAAAUGUUAAAUUGUUCCUGUGAGGAAUAAUAAUGAAUCAAUAAUUUAAUUGAAUGAAAUGAUAAAAUAUGAUUGAAAAACACUUUUUGUGUUAUUGUUUCGAGGGUUAAUAUGAACUUAGAGGCUCGAUUUUAAAGUGAACAUGGACGAGAACACUGAACUCUUUAUUUACAGUCAUAUUGUCUUUC